AUGAGACCGCGUGAUGCAGAAGACGAUUGGCAUGAGUUUCUCCUGGACAUAGGCAGUGGACAGACUAAUAAUGAUGAAGGACGAGUGGAGUUACAAAACAAUAUCUUAAGUGAGGGAAACAUAGUUACAGAUGAUCCAAACGAAAUGAAAGGAUUUUAUGAAAGAGCAAUACUUGCUCCUAAGAACAUCAAUGUGAACAAACUUAAUAAUGAAGCGAUGCAACGUUUACGCAUAAUAGAACAAAAACAGAAGAGUCCUGCACGGAUUGAUUCAAAGAUCUAG